UCAUAUCCAAAAAAAACAAGAAAAUCAAAGAGAAGAAGAAUCAAGAAAGCAGCACACAGCAACACUGCAAGAAAUGGAUUUGGGAAGAUUUCCGAUAAUCUCGAUCCUCGAAGACAUGCUCGAAGUCCCCGAAGAGCACAACGAGAAGAGCCGCAACAAUCCCUCGAGAGCUUACAUGCGAGAUGCCAAGGCAAUGGCGGCUACACCAGCUGACGUCAUCGAGAACCCGAACGCGUACGCCUUCGUCGUGGACAUGCCUGGGAUCAAAGGAGACGAGAUCAAGGUUCAGAUCGAGAACGAGAACGUGCUUGUGGUGAGUGGAGAGAGGCAGAGAGAGAACAAGGAGAAGGAGAAUGAUGGUGUGAAGUAUGUGAGGAUGGAGAGGAGAAUGGGAAAGUUUAUGAGGAAGUUUCAGCUGCCUGAGAAUGCUGAUUUGGAGAAGAUCUCUGCUGUUUGUCAUGACGGCGUUUUGAAGGUGACUGUUCAGAAGCUUCCUCCUCCUGAGCCUAAGAAACCAAAGACUAUUCAGGUCCAAGUCGCUUGAGUUUAUGGAUUCUCUGUUUUGCUUUAUUAAUGUUUGUUUAGUUUUCUGGUUUGAAUGUAAUCGGAAUGUGAAGAGACUGCGUGCGUGUGUUUUAAGAUGGAAUAAAAGUUGUUCCUCUGUUUUAAUCU